AUGGACGUCGGCAAAGCCGAGCCUCUCUAUGAAGUGAGGACUCCAGAAACCGAGGAGUACGACGACACUCCUACCGAAGAGGACCUCAAGACUCUGCGUCGUGUCUCUGGCAAGAUCAAGUGGGCCGCAUACACUGUCGCCUUUGCCGAACUAGCGGAACGUUUCUCCUACUAUGGAAGCUCUAUCUUGUACACAAACUUCGUACAAUGGCCUCUACCUGAGGGAUCAAAAACAGGUGCUGGUGGUCUUCACGGCCAGCCUGGUGCACUUGGCAUGGGUCAAAGUGCGGCACAGGGUAUCAGCUUGUUCAACAUGUUCUUUGCUUAUUUUAUGCCCUUGAUCGGUGGCUAUGUGGCAGAUGCCCACUUGGGCAGAUACAAGACCAUCCACAUCGCUAUUGCUAUAGGCAUCGUUGCUCACAUCAUUCUCGUGGCUGCAUCUGCACCCACUGUUAUCAUCCACAAGACAGGAGCAACCGCCGCUUUCAUCAUCGGUCUGCUUACCUUGUGUGUCGGUACUGGUUUCUUCAAGGCCAAUAUCUCUCCGCUACUUGCUGAGCAAAACACCGAUCGCCGGAUGCGUGUUGAGACGCUCCCGACUGGCGAGAGAGUGAUUGUUGACCCUGCAGUGACCAAUUCAAGAAUUUUCUUAUAUUUUUAUUUUUGUGUCAACAUCGGAUCCUUGACCGGACAGAUCUCUAUGGUCUACGUCGAAAAAUUCGUAGGGUUUUGGCUGGCUUUCCUUCUCCCCACCAUUCUUUUCGUGGCUGCCCCCAUUAUCCUCUUCCUCAACCGCAAGAACUACAUCUUGAGCCCGCCUACAGGCUCCAUCCUGUCUAAGUUCUUCCAUAUGCUCGGCUUUACUUGGAAGAACAAGCAAGGAAAAUUCAACUGGGAUGUGGCAAAGCCAUCCAAUGUCCCUGUCGAACGCCGCCCUGCUUGGAUGACAUACGAUGAUGCUUGGGUGGAGGAAGUCAAGCGUGGUCUUCGUGCUUGCAAGGUCUUCCUCUUUUUGCCCCUCUUCUUCUUGGCCUACAACCAGAUGACUGGAAACCUGACAUCUCAGGCUGCUACUCUGCAACUCAAUGGUGUGCCCAAUGAUAUCAUCCAGAACCUCAACCCAAUCUCUAUUGUUAUCAUGAUUCCGAUCUUGGACCACGGCAUCUACCCUGCUUUCCGCAAGAUGGGUUUCGCUUUCACCCCCAUCAAGCGUAUGACAGUCGGCUUCUUCUUCGCCGCCGGAUCUAUGCUCGCCGCUGCAGUGAUGCAGCACUUCAUCUACACCAAGUCACCCUGCGGAAAGUACGCUAGUGACCCCGACUGCAUCGAAGAAUUUGGCAAGGCCGACAUCAACGUCUGGGCCCAAGUGCUGCCUUAUGUCUUCAUCGGUAUUGCCGAAAUCUUCACAAACGUCACCUCUCUCGAGUACGCCUACGCCAAGGCUCCUGCCAACAUGAAGUCUAUGGUCAUGUCUAUCAAUCUGUUCAUGAGCGCCUUUGCUGCUGCCAUUGGACAAGCAUUCACUCCUCUUUCCGAGGAUCCCCUCCUUGUUUGGAACUACACUAUCAUCACCAUCCUCGCCUUCUUGGGUGGUGUCGGAUUCUGGUUCUGCUUCCGUCACCUAGAUGCCGAAGAAGACAAAUUGAACAUGCUGGAAAGAUCUGCCAUGCAGGGCAAGAACACUGUCGUCGAAUCCAAAGACACCGAAGCUCAGAUUCAACACGUUCACGAACAGAAGAACUGA